AUGACUUUGCCACCGUCCAUUCCGUCAACUUGUCUGCAGCCCAUCAUUCAGCCAGGCUCCUAUUUUCUUCCGAGUACGCGGCUCGUAUGCCACGAAAGCCGCGAAUAUGUUGCAAAAGGCCCAAUAUACUCGACGCGAAUAUACUAUGACUAUCAGGAGAUCCGCAACUUGGUGAUCCUCCCACCUCAUCCAAACAUCAUUCCCCCACCUUGUGCUCUAGUCACGGUGUCUGAUAUUGAUGAGCGAGUCUGCGGGUUCCUCGCGCCUCAUUACCGCAACGGGAACCUCGAUAUUUACGCACGGAGGCUGCGUAGUAAGGGGACAAUAACAGUCGAAAAGUUGUACAAGUGGCUUGGGCAACUAGUCGAUGCGGUCCGGUUCUUAGCAGAGAAAGAGACUUGGCACGGAGACAUCAAGCCAGACAAUAUCGUGAUAGACGACGACGAAAACGCCGUCCUCAUAGAUUUGGCUCGUGCGUUUACAACCUCUGCCACUACGAGUCCAGAAGCAAGAAAGUAUAUUAGCACUCACGCUCCAUGUAGAACAUCGGUUGGAAUUCCUGAAGACUGGCCGUUGCAAAUUGUGGUACUUUCGGAGAUUUACUCUAUAGGUCGGACGAUGUACCUGUCUGCAGCAACCGUUGCCGUCAUAACCGUCGUUGCUAAUGUGGCCGCUAGUGCAGAUAUCAAAUUCUGGUUUACAUGA